AUGCCUCUUGAUGGCAAGCGCAUCAUAUUGUGCCUAGACGGCACUUGGGUCAACAGUGAUAAGGGAUACAACCGACCGACCGCACAAGACCCGAACGAAACAUCAGCCAUCCCGACAAAUGUGACUCGUGUGUACCGUUCACUGCGGAAACGGGGGUUCGACGGGGAGAGCCAAGUCAUGUACUACCAUCCCGGCGUGGGAAGUACAGGCGGCGUCUCGGACUCGAUUAGUGGUGGGGUAUUUGGCACCGGAGUUGCCGAGAAUAUCAGGGAAGCAUAUAGUUUUGUCGCUACGAAUUAUGAGCCUGGCGAUGAGAUUAUCUUAUUGGGGUUUUCGCGUGGUGCGUUUACUGCGAGAGGUGUAGCUUCGCUCAUCGAUGCGGUGGGCCUGCUUAAUUCCGAUGGGAUGGAGAUGAUUUACCCUAUCUUCAAAGAUGCGGAGAAUAUGGAGAAUUCAGAUUACAAGGAUAAAUUCCCUACAAUCCCAUUUCCAAACAAGCCUCGUCGUCCCAACAGUGGGAAGGAGUAUAAGCGUCGCCUAGAAGAUGCUGGAUUGACAAGAGUCUAUAACCCUGAUGGACACCUAAUCAAGAUACGCUGCAUUGCGGUUUGGGAGACCGUAGGAAGUCUAGCCCUGGCUCUAGAUGAAGACCGCACUUCUUUUGCCCCGGCAGUCUGGGAACGACCAGACGGUGUCCAUACCGAUCUCCGCCAAGUAUGGUUCUGCGGCGCACACUCCAACGUCGGCGGCGGUCUCCCAGAUCAAGAACUCGCCAACAUCGCUCUAGCUUGGAUGAUGGAUCAACUGACAUCCAUCGGCGUAGCAUUCUACGACGACACAAUUGAUAAGAUUUUUGAGCGGAGCGUGCGCUAUUUCUUUGACCACCCGCACGGCUCUGACGUCGAUGGAUCUUCUAACUCUGAACAAUGGAGACAGUGGGCCGACAGGUCUGUUUACGAUGAACACAAGCCCGUUAGGCCCUGGGGUCUGGGUGAGAUUGUCCAGCCUGAUACAGGAUUUUAUCAUCUCGCUGGGAAGACGACUCGGACGCCUGGACAGUAUCGGCGGAUUGACCCUGAGACGGGGAAGAUGACUUCGAGGUUCUUGGUCAAUACAAACGAGAGGAUUCAUCGGAGUGUGCGGAUCAGGCUUGAUCUCGGUGGUUUGGGGUAUGAUGACGUUGGUUUGUAUAAAUGUAAGGCGUUAUUGAAGAAAGGGCCUUGGGAUCUUGAGAGGGUGAGGACCAUGGUUAGCCGGAAGGUUCAGGAUCCGGAUGGGGAUAUGGGGGAGCUUAUUGAGAAAUUCGAGGAUGAUCGGUGGGGGUGGAUAUAUGCUGGACCUGCAGAGGAUGCACCGUUGCAGACCAUCCUGAUGGAGGAGCCCUUAGGACCGUAUGAGAAACGAUUACUUCGUCUUAGUAAAGGUCGUCCAUUUUACAAGGCCCUUCUGGAAGAGAGCAGGAGUUUUUAA